GUACGACCGUUACUGUCGGCGGCGCGCGCGGGGUGGCGGCGUUCCAUUUCAGAACCUUGCCCGGACAGCGCGCGGCGGCUCCGGCGGCCCGCGGGACACCGGGCGUUUGCUCGAAGAAGCCGCCGCCUGUCGCGACGUGAGCGCACUUUAAACGCUCUUUAUGGAAAGAAGGUCGGGGAACCGUGGCCACACAGCGCUUCCGUGAAACGGAGAGCCAGAGACAUCUUUGUUGUGAGCCCUAACAGUGCCCACGCGUUCGCUGCUUCUUAAAGAAAAAAGUGUUGAGUUCUCCGGGAUCAGAUCUUAAUACCAUGGGAGCUGAACAGAGCACGUAUCACGAUCAUAAACAACCAGAAUGUCAUGCCUCAGCAACAAAUUCCCCAGCGAAACAAAGAGCUAAAAUGGAUGACAUCGUAGUUGUUGCUACAGGAACACAUCCACCAGCUAGAACCACAUGGAAUGAUCCAGAUGUUAUUAAAUUGCAUGAAAUUCCUACCUUCCAACCUCUGCUCAAAGGAUUAUUAAGUGGUCAGACUACAACCAGCAACAUUAAAUUGGAAAAGCUAGAUUCGCAGCAAGUACUGAAGCUCUGUUUACGCUACCAGGAUCAUCUGCAUCAAUGUGCUGAGGCAGUUGCUUUUGAUCAAAAUGCCCUGGUUAAACGAAUCAAAGAGAUGGAUCUAUCUGUUGAAGCCUUGUAUAGCAUUAUGCAAGAGCGACAGAAGCGAUAUGCCAAAUAUGCUGAACAAAUACAGAAGGUUAAUGAGAUGUCAGCCAUACUACGCCGCAUACAGAUGGGCAUAGAUCAAACUGUCCCAUUAAUGGAGAAACUUAAUAGCUUAUUGCCAGAAAAUGAAAGACUUGAACCUUUCAGCAUGAGAGCUGAUAAAGAUAUAAAGUACCAGUAGCCAAUGAAAGUUAUAUCUCCACCCUCUGAAUUCCACUGGAUUUGUGCAGACAUCUAUGAUUUAGAUAUUAAGUCAGCUGAAGCAUCAUGCAUUUCCAGGUGUAUUGAGCCUUGAUUGUAAUGUACUUGUCUCCCAGAAUUGUCUGGAUUGCAGAGUAAUAGCUCAUGGGAAAUAACAUUUCAAUUCUAGUGUACCAGCUAUUAAAUGUUGCUGGUGUGGACAGUGUCAUCUGUUAUUGCAGGUUGUGCUUUAUUCAAAAUGGUUUUGAGAGACUUAAGCUGUCUGGGGAUAAACAUUUGCACCACUACACAUCAGUUAGUAUUGCAAUUGCCACAAUUAAAUCAAUUUGAAUUAAUGCAUGCAAAAGGACAUGGCAUUCUCUUUUUUCAAAGCUUCAUCACUUAAGUGUUUAUUGAUGUUUUGCAGCACAUUUAUAUUGAUUAUAUGUGCCUUGUGUAUAUAUCUGAUACCUUGUUUUAAUAAAGCUGUCAAUUGUGUUUAGGUAAUUUAUAUAUCCACCUCCUGUAGUAUGCCUCAGGAACUUGAAUAUUGCAAGUUAGUAAAUAUGUAGUUUUGUGACUGUUCCCAGAGAUUUCUAAAUUCAGGUUUUAUCCAUUAGGCUCUCCUUUUGUGAAAAUUUGGAAUAAUUUCCAACUAUCAGGUAAUUUACCAGUUUGUAAAAGAGUCCAAAUAUGCUAAAAAUGAGUCUUGCAGUUCACUGUAAACUAAGAUGUGCAGUAAUUUUAGUAUGAACAAAACAGGUAAGGUAAUUUAUUAUUUUUGUCUCAGUACUUUAAUAUUAAAUUCAUAAAUAUUAAAAUGUGUUGCUUAUACUACAUACUGCUAAUAUUUAUUAUAGUUUUGUAUGGCACUUUAACAAAUCUCAUCUUUAAUGACUGGUAGCUUGAGCUUAAUUGUAACUGCAGUUCCUAGUUUUAAAAGUUUCUGAAGGUGAAUGAAGCUGCAGUGAACUGUAAAUAACAUUUCCUUAAAUUACAUGUAGCUACUUAGUAUCUAUGCUAUUUCUGGUUCUUAGUUCUGUGAUCAGUAAGAAAUGGACAUUUCCCCUUUUUUUGUAAAUUUCUCCAGAUGGAUGGGGGCAGAAGUAAAUUAAUUUUGUUUUUACAUUUAGGAUACUUCUGAUCUCUGAAACUGCUCAUCUCAAAAUUAGAAUUUGAAAAGGGAAAAUAAUCAAAUUUUUACAUGCAACACAUUGUUUCCAAUGAGCAUUCCAGAAAGGAAUGAUCAAUACCGUGCAUUUCAGUGUUGAAACUUUAAAACAAACUUGUAGAUAGCUUGCCAAGUUUGAGUCACCAUGCAUCAUUAUCCACAAUUUUACCUUCAGGUAUCAAAUGUUUGACUGGUUGAAGCAAUGAAAUGCAAAAUUCUUCUUGCAACUCAUUCUUUUUUGUAUUGUUUAAUGUAUAUUGUCUUUGCCUUAUGU